CCCCGCGCCCGGGCGGGCGCUUCCCCUGCGCGGCGCGGCCGCGGCCGGGGGAAGGCGGCUCCCGCCGGGCCCAGCGCGGCGGCGGAUGGCGGGGGGGCCGCGCCCGGCGGGGGCCGGCGGGGGCGCCCGCUGAGCGGCGGCGGCGGCGAUGCCGGGGGGCCCGGCGCGGCGGGGCGCGCCCGCGGGGCCAUGAGGGCGGGCUCCGGCCAUGGCCCAUGGCAGCGCGGCGGUCAUGCUGAAGUGCGUGGUGGUGGGGGACGGCGCCGUGGGCAAGACGUGCCUGCUGAUGAGCUACGCCAACGACGCCUUCCCCGAGGAGUACGUGCCCACCGUCUUCGACCACUACGCAGUCAGCGUUACCGUCGGGGGCAAGCAGUACCUGCUGGGGCUGUACGACACCGCCGGCCAGGAAGACUAUGAUCGUCUGAGACCUUUAUCUUAUCCUAUGACCGAUGUCUUCCUUAUCUGCUUCUCAGUGGUAAACCCUGCUUCAUUUCAAAAUGUGAAAGAAGAGUGGGUACCGGAGUUGAAGGAAUAUGCACCUAAUGUUCCCUUUUUACUAGUAGGAACACAGAUUGAUCUUCGUGAUGACCCAAAAACUCUGGCAAGACUGAAUGAUAUGAAAGAGAAGCCUGUAUCUGUGGAGCAAGGACAGAAGUUAGCGAAAGAGGAGCCUACUGCUAUGUGGAGUGUUCAGCUUUAACACAGAAAGGACUGAAGACCGUUUUUGAUGAAGCUAUUAUAGCCAUUCUAACUCCAAAGAAACACACAGUGAAGAAGAGAAUAGGCUCAAGAUGCAUAAACUGCUGUUUGAUCACGUGAGAGACAUUUGACGAUGGCCAGGCUUACUGUGAAAUUCUACUGAAUUUAAAUACAAUGCAUUAAGUACACAGUGAACUUGUUACAGGUUUGAAAGCUAAAACUACAGUUCUGCCUUCUGCAACCAGUGAAAUCCAGAGGAAUAAAAUCACACUCAACAAGCUUGUAAGAAGAAACCACCACAUCUGUUACAAAUACUUUAUUCAGACUGGAAGGUACAAUCUCUCAGGGUUACACAGUCUAGAAGCAAAAACUGCACCAUGUUGAAAUAGCAUCUAUGUGAUUUUACUGAGUGGAGAUGCUUGGCCUGAAAAACUCUAAAUGAAUUUGGAUAGUCUUCUGCUUUGACUAUACAUAUAUAUUAUAUAUAUAUAUCUCUCUCUUAAAAAACCCAACUUUUGCACAGUCUGUAUGGAAUCUGCACAAAGAAAUACCUUGUCUCUCUUUGCUCCAGUUAUCUGCUUUUGUAUGUAAGCUGCUUCCGGUUCCAGUGUAUCCACAGAGGUGCAAUAAUCAGACCAGCCGUAUAGCCAAAGGUAGCUCCGAGGGAACAGGACACGGGCCAUACCUGAGGGGAGAACACAAGGUAAAAGCAAACAACGAGGAGAAUGUUUGUGGGUUUUUGUACUUCGUGAGCACAAAAUCUAGGUACUGAAAGACAGUACAGUCUUAUAAAGCUUAACAUGCUUUCCUAAAAAUGCCAAAAGUGUAACAAUCAUCUUCAUGAACACUAAAUGCUGUUGUACAGUUUUUAAUUAAUAUGCAUUAAAAGGUAAACAGGCUUCUGGCUAUUGCAGACUUUAGUCCAAUAUUCCCAAAACUACAUGAAAAAUCUUGUAAGUAUUUGUAUCCCCUGAAGUGUUCAGCUAACCUAGCUUCCUGUUCCGUUGCACACACCUGGAAACCUGUAGAUUCCUUGGCGAUUUCUCCUUCCGAUCUCUCAUGGCAUUCUAAAACUUUUAGAGUUGUCUGUAUAUAUGAACAAAUAUUCAAAUAAGGCCAUAGACUGAGAUUAAGAGAGGGGUUUUCUUUCUUUUUCUUUUUUUUCCUUGAAAAGUAGGCAAAGGGAUGAAUUUCCCUCCGGCUUGCAGUAGAGAGGGAACAUGUUUGGAAACUGACUGAACAUCUUGCACCCAGUUCAGCAAAUAUGUAGUAAGCCAAUUAUGUUACAGAGAGCUCAAAUUAUAAGCUAUUUCCUAGUAUAAGAAUAGGGAACUGACUGUACAGCUGACUUGCUUUCACAAACCAUCUGGUACUGAGGCAAAGUAGUAAUGGGACUCUCCCCCUUCCCCCCCCCUUUUAUUUUUUCAGUUGAUUUGCUGGGAGGAGUGGUUAAACAAAGUUUAACCAGUCUAUCCGCAGAUGUAGCUUAUAUUACCAGUCAACUACAUACCGUACUUGAUGAAAGCCUCAACUAAGUUGGUGAUUAAAUAUAUUUAUUCUAAAAUAAACUGAAUUCCCAUCCUCUUCAAAAUUCUCCUUUGCAUAUUUUUUUUCCAAGGACAAUUUUGCACUUUCUGCUGUACAGUGCAUGUUCCUGAAGCAAGUAGAGACUGCUCUUUCCUAUUUUUUUAACUUUUAAAUUAAGGGGGACAUUUCCACCUUCUAUAGUACUUGAGACUGAGAAAUGCACUAGACAUUAAAGAAAAUAUCCACAUCUCAGUGUCCAGCCUUCUUUUCUACUUCAUUUUGAUUUGCAAUUCAUGAAUAUCAAAUGAACUUACUCUUAAUGGUACUGGUUCCUCCUUUUAUUCAUUUUCCUAGCUCUGAUUCUUCUAUUUACUUCAUUACCACUUGGAAAAAUGUAUUUAGUCACAUCCUUUGGUCAUGGGAAUUUUAAUUAGGCAUAAGAGUAAUGUAUUUUGUCCUCAGCUGUUUCAUCUUCACAUUCCUUAGCAUUUGCAGUUUUAUGUAUUAUUUGGAGGUCUUAAGGAGUGUAGCAAAGAUGACUAUAAACAAGGUGCCUUAGGUACUCUUUAUUGACCUUGUUUCAUUCUUCCAUUUCUGGACACCCUGUCUCUGCUACUUGUUUUUGUUGCUGAAUAUUUUGGCUGUUGCCUCUCAAACCAAAGACUUGCUUGUUUUCAUUCAUUUAACAGUGGUAUCGUAGAUCAUCUACAAAAAGCCUUGAGAUGCUUUGGCAUGGUAAGAUAUUAUGUAUAUUUAAAACUCGCAUGAAUUUGUGGCCUUGGCUAAACUUACACAUCAGGUGGAUCUUCUUAACUUUUAAAUGAAAAUUAUUUCUAGCAUUUUGCAAAUUACGUGUCUAAAGGACAAAACAAUAAAAAAGUCCCUGCAAGCUCAGCUGCUCACUCAGUAACAUUCAGUUGAAACAGGAGCUGUACUUUCUUACCCACUGAUGAAUUCAAAUACCACUCUAAUAUCCACAAAACUAUGGACAGAGGCUUCCUAACUCAGUGGUCUUUUUAGCAAAUUCUCUGAGUGAUCAGUGAUCCUUCAUUAAAUGUUACCUACAUUAGGUGAAUCUGUAGUUGCCUAUUUGCUUUUCAGAAGUACAGGUAGAUGCUGAACUCCGAAUUUUUAAUGUUCCCUUAACUAGAGACCCAGUAUUCCUGAUGACCCAUUGACCCUGUAUCUUUUGGUAUGUUGUGUAUAGUGAGUGAUUGCUGGUACAAUUAAAAGGAUCUCUGAUGAUUGUUGUGGCUUCUUUUACAUUACUGAACAGCAAUUUGGAACAUAGUUUUUCAAUAGCUAUGUAACUUUUAACAGUAAUUAUGCCUCUGUCUUCCAAAACAAUUUUUGCUUUGCUUUUUAAAAAUCACGUUACCUUAUGGAAGUAUUAGGCUGUCAGUUAACACACGAGUCUCUCAGCUCUGAAAUCCAACCCUCACCAGUGGCAGCUGGCAGAGAUAGGGGUCAAAGGAAAAAAACCACAAAACACUCCAUCUCUCACUAUCUAUGAAUGAGACAGAAAAGAAACACCACCUCAUUCCUUCUAGUGGCAUAGAACAGAAGGGUACUAGGCCACCUACUCGUUCUUGCCGUGCUGGUCAGAUGGCUCAAAGUAGUUCUGAAGGCAGUUCGAUUGGCCUUUUGAAAACUUCCUAUGCACACAAGUUAAAAGCCUGGACUUAAGAGCAUUGCUGUCCUUAGACCCUUUUCUCUAACCCUCAAAGAAGGGCAAAAAACCCCCCUUAACAGGUAAACGAUACUAGUUCUGCACCUUUUACUCUUGACUGCUAGCCUUUAGGCUACAUAUAGCCAGAUGCCCCUAUAAGUGUAUCUAAAGCAGCAGGUUAUCAGAGAUUUAAGAUGUGGCUCUUAAGCAUAUCAGCUGUGCUAAAAUAACAGCCCUUGCAUAUGCUUUUUGUCCAUCUAUGAAAGUGGGUUGCUUUAUUUUGCAUCAGCUGCUGGCCUCGUUUUUUCUGAGACCGAACUGCUUUCCAUUGGACCUUUUUAAAUGAAUUUGACUUGUGCUUGGUCAGUCUGCUUUUGCCCUGACUUUUGUAUUAUCUCUUAAACUUGGUUUAGCUUCCCUGACUUGCUAUGAACUGCUUCUAAGUGAUAAAAAUCUAAGCAGCUAACAUCCAUCUGCCUGUUCUAAGAGAUUCCAUUCCACUUGUUUAAAGUACACGACUUGUAAUACACCCCUCUGAUCCCCUGAGAACUAUUCGGCUCAGUUUCUCCUACUUUAUGCUCCCUUCUGCCAUGAGGAAGCUGACAUACCCUGCUUCGGUACUGAUGUCAUGUCUAGGCUGGGUCAGCAGCAGGGGAAUAAGAUGUUUCACAACACCACUUAACUGCACUGUGUUUGAGGGGGAGGAAGGCUGGUCUGGAGGCAAAGGCAUGGGGAGCACAGGAGAAAGGACAGAACAUUCUUCAGGAAACUGUCAUGAAAUGCCUUCUGUCCCAGCAGCUGGAAAACAUCAACUACCAUUCUCACAGCCUAAUACAAGAAGGCUCAGUUUACAUAUUAAAUGCAUGUGGGAAAGGGCAAUUUUAACAACUUGUAAUGAUUAUUAGGAAUCUGAACAGCAGCUUGGCAAAACCAAAUCUCUACCUACAUGCUUCACAAGCACAAAAAUUGUAUUUUAAGGGACAGAGCAUGAGCCAGUGGUUAAAUGCAAAAUAAUCCUGACUUCUGCUAUUUGUUUAAAUUUUCUUUAUGCCUUUUCAUCUGGCAGCAGUGAUAAGACUUAACAGAGAUUUCUUUGGGAUAGCUAAAUAGACACUGCAGAACUGCAAGGUUUCUAGUAUAUAUAUUAGAUCUUAAAUUUUAAGAAUAAGGACUCAAAAUAGGAAUUGCCAACCUUUCAGGACACAAAUGAGCUGGUUUCCUCCGUGCUCUUUAGAACACCUAUGAACUGAUUUGAGAAUACUUGACAUAUUGCAUGUAAAGCAGAGCAUGUUGCAGGAUCCCAGCAAGGUAUCCAGCUCUGCUGUACUGUGCAUGUAGCUAGUUAAACCGGAAUUCUGACUGCAUGACAGUUUUGUCAUCUAUUACAAGUCUGUAACUUACAUCCCAUGCAGUGGGAAUUACAUAGGCAUUGAUAAGGACAUAAAGGCCAGACCCUAAUAAAGUUUUUAAAGAUACUAUAAAGUGGCUGACUGCUGGAACUUUAAUUAAACAAAUGCAAAUACAGUGGGGCAAUCUACUGUUCUUAAACUGAUCCCAUUCUUUAGAUGAAUGCUUUUCUCAUAUUCCUAAACUCGGUAUUUUUUGUAUGCUUACUAUUUCAAAAGAUCCAUUUCAGACUGUCAAUUAGAAAGCUAUGUGAUAAUUUUUGUUACAUUUUAAAACUGAAUAAAUGAGCACAAAUACUUUCCCUCCCUGUUUCUAACAUGCCUUAAAUUCCCAAUUGUUUAGUCUCUACUGUCUUAAAAAAAUUCAGUACAUGCCUUUAAUCUAUUUUGGUUGCAUGCACAUGUUAACUAAAAGUGUCUUAUCACAUUGUACAGAAUGUGUGUGUUGACAAGCACAUGCUGAGGAGAAGAAAGUGUGAGGUUUUUUUUCAGGCUGGCAUUUGUAACUAGAAGCUGGUUUUGUGGAUUUGUGUUCUAAAGUUAAAGCAAGCAUAACUGCCUUUGAUCGCACCAUUAAGGUUUACAUUAAGAAAACAUAUCAUUAAAUAAACAUUGAUAACCAUACUGAAGUGGAACAAGCUUCUACCUCGGUUUGAAAAGAAACCCCCUCAAACACUGGCUAUUAUCCCUUCUACUCACAUAAAGCAACUUCUUUCACAGUAGGUAGUAGACUCAAAAGUAAAUACAAGAAGGAAACGAACUCUCUCAGCUGUGUGAAUAACAAGAAAGUGUGAAAGUUUAUAUUCCUAUUUCAGCUUACUCAAGUAAGCACCAAGAACCAUACCGAAGAUUCUCCAGAUGAUUUUUCAGGUUACAAAUGUCUGGGAGGUAUCUAGGCUAAUAUUUACAGUCAUAUUGGCUAAAUUGCAUAGCAGUCAAUCAACUCAUUUUCGUUAUAUCAUCAGCACUACCUAUUAAGUUUGCAGUAUCCAGUAUAAAGUGGGUAUACAUCAAUUUCACUUUUAACUAAUGAUAUGAAAACACUGUAGGCAGAAUACCGUUUCAAAUAGUCACUUUAUGGUUAGUAACUGGUACUACAGAUCAAAAUUACGCUACAAAACACCCAGAUGGAUAGGUAGGCAUGCACACAGUAAACCCAGGAACACGUUUUAAAAGUCUGUUACCAAAACAUGCAAUAAACCCAGGAACUUCACAAUUCCCAAAAUUCAGUUGUUGUCAACAGUGAAUGGGGUGUCUGGAAUACUACUUCCACUGCACAAUGUAUGCCGAUAAGGUUUUGGUCUUCGAUUAUAUCAUCCUGUUCUGCAACUAAAUUACCUCAGGGUGAGCAAAGAAAGGAUGUGUCACAAUGUGUCUGCUAACACAGAAAUGAUCCAGUUCUGUUUCAGUAGUGGUAUGCUUUUAAGGGUGUCAAUUCUCAGGUGACACAUGAAGCCAGGAUCCUAAUUGCAUUUGGUUAUUAGAAGUACACCAACUUGAAAUAGGCAAUCUGAAAAAAAUGAGCAACUGUAACGAAGUUUUUGUAUUUCUUUGCUAGAACUGUCCUAACUAACACAACCCUUAUGUAUCCACUGUGCAGAGUGCUAGAAGCAACUAGAGAUGGAUAUACAACUCUUUAAACCUUUUGAACAUCAUCUAGAACAGCCUUGUUUAAAUUACCAUAAUUGUGUUGCAAACUUUUUUUAAAAUUGUUUAAGAAUUAGACAGUAAUCUCAAAACACUGGCAAAAUUAUUCUACCAGUCUGACACUUGUAAUAAACUGAAAUGUGUCUUGCAAAGUAAAUCUUGAAAAGUUUGCUGGGGGUGGUAUGGUGGGGUUUUUUGUUGGUUUUUUUGUUUGGGUUUUUUUUUUUAAUAGAAAUGUAACUACUGCAGGGAAUAACUUGCAUUCCUGUAAGGCAGCUAUCUUUACCUUUGUCUGAGAUAGGCUUAAUUCUGCAGACCUGUAACCAUGAACAACCUAGAUUAGGCCUCCCUGUCCAACUGUUUUGCAUUGUUACAAAAUAUUUUUUCUGAAAACCAGGAGAGAGGCAAUAGGCAUGGCCAAAUUAUCUUAACAAUUUACUUCAAGACCAACAAUAGAAUAAUGAAAAAUGAUGAAUCAUCAGGAUACCAACUGACUUUCAGCAAUAUAUUUUAUACUUCUAACAGAAAUGCUUUAUAUAUUUUUCAUUUCCAUUCUGAAACAUUAUUCAGAGAAUUAAUGUAAUUUUAUUUCCAAACCAAUAUUCUGUUCCUAUUAUGUAAUAUUUACUUAGCGUAAAAGUUGUUGUAUGCUAAAAAAAUGCAUUUUACAUUAUUAUUUUUAAAUGUAGACAGGCCCACUAAUCUGAAUAUCCCCUGUAUGCAAUAUUUUUUCAAACAUAAACAUGGAAAAUAAAGUGAAGAUUUUCUGACA